AUGGCAGAGGGAUUUUUGUCCCGAUCAAAAUCAAUGGAGAGGUUAGGUCAUCAUUAUUUUGAAGAGCUACUGUCAAGGUCUUUUUUUCAACAAUCAACAAAUGACGAGUUCGAAUAUACAAUGCAUGAUCUGAUGAAUGACUUGGCCACAAGUGUCGCAGGAGAGUUUUUCUGUAGAUUGGAUGGUGAGAUGGAUGUAUCUGACACAAAUGAAGUUUUUGAGAAGCUUGGUCACUUUUCACUUAUAGCUUCAUCAUCUGGAUCAUAUAGAAAGCUUAAGCAAUUACAAAAAUCUACUCACGUGCACACUUUCUUGGGAAUUUCGAUUUCUGGGUCAGACUAUGUUCAUGAUGAAUUAAUUCAUAAACUACAGUUUGUAAGGGUGCUAGCACUGACUGGAAUCACAAUCACAGAGGUACCAGAAUCCAUUGGUAGUCUCAAGCAUCUACGGUACCUUAAUUUUUCUUUUACUGAAAUCACAUGUUUGCCAGAACAAGUGAGUGACCUUUAUAAUCUACAGACCUUGUUAGUUCAUCAUUGUUCCGAGUUAUCUAGCUUGCCAAAAAGUUUUGCAAAGUUAAUAAACCUGCGACAUCUUGACAUAAGUAAGACUCCGAAUUUAAAUAAGAUGCCUUUAGGGAUCGGUGGGUUGAUGAGUCUACAAACUCUACCCAAAGUCUUUAUUGAAGAAGAAGCAAAGGAUGCCAACUUACAUCAAAAGAAAGGUCUUGAUGUUUUGAAGAUGGAAUGGAGUGAUGUGUUUGAUGAUUCUCGGAAUGAUAUUAUUGAAUAUGAAGUACUUACUGAACUAAGGCCUCAUCCUAAGUUAAAAAAGCUCAAAAUUUUCAAUAACAACGGGAUGCGAUUUCCUACUUGGGUUGGCAAUCCCUCCUUUGAUCAGUUAACAAAGCUUACAUUACGUGGUUGUAGAAGUACACAUCUACCAACACUUGGAUGUCUAGAUUCUCUUAGGAAGUUGGUUGUUGAAAGCAUGAGUGAGGUGAAGAGUGUGGGUUUUGAGUUUCUCGCACCUGUAAGUUCUUUUAUUGGCAUUGGAUUUCCAUCGCUUGAAGUUCUGAAAUUUAAAGAUAUGCAAGGUUGGCAGAGAUGGUUGAUUAAUAGUGGGGACGGACAUGAAACUCCUAGAUCAUUUCCUUGUCUUCAUGAGAUCUGUAUAGCCAAUUGUCCAGAACUAGCUGAAGUUUCAAUCGGAUUGAUACCUUCACUUCGGGUUUUAUAUAUAGAAGAAUGUUCCAAAAGAGUGUUAAGAAGCAUGAUUGGUUUGUCCUCAUCACUUGUUAGAUUGAAAAUGCUGAAUGUUAAAGCACUUAGUCAACUACAUGGAGAAGAUUUAAUGCAUCUUGGGGCACUUGAACAUCUAUAUCAGGAACUGUGA